CGCCUCUCACAUCUGGCGCUAUCAUCACAUGCGCAACUUGUGUUGAAACAUUUCGCCCCCUACAAACCCGAGCGGGAGAGUGGCGCAGGGGAAGGGUCAGCACUGGCGAAUCCGUUGAAUCAGGAUAUAUUCUAUGGGUCGGAAUCUUGGCAGUAGGAGCCCGUCCUCCGCCUCUGCUGGUGCAGGAAGGUGACGCAGCGCGGGGGGAGAGCUGGAGAACCAGGAGAACCGCACCAGGUGAAGCGCAGACGGCUGUUGCGGCAGCAGGACGCAGGAGCCGGGGCGCGCUGUCCCGCCGUGGAAUAAAAGGUGGGAGGCUGAAGAUAACCCUCGGGCUGUUUUUUUUAUUCGGGGGAAUAUGCGUCCGGCCGCACCGCAAUGACCACCCGGCGAAAGUCUGCCAGCAAGCUCCAGCUGCGGCGGUCCAUCAGCGAGCAGCUGCGGGACUCCACGUCCAAGGCUUGGGAUCUGCUGUGGAGAAAUGUCCGGGAGAGGCGACUGGCAGAGGCUGCAGACUGCGCCAUGGAUGUUGCGGGAGCUGCGGGGAGCGGGGCCGGGGGGGCUAACUCAGCACGCCGGGAAGCUGCAGAGCAGGCAGAAUCUGAAGGGGACCAGCACACAGUCAACACUUAUGUAGAAGCCGGGAAGAGACUUAGCUCAACUGAAACUGAAAAAGCGGAGGAUGCCAUCAACUCCGCAGAUACCGGACAGUUGACCCACCUCCUGAGUUGGACCCCUGCUGACAGGGCAGAUGGUACGAGGGCCGAAACAGAGCGAGCUGAGGUCUGCGGAGGUGCCAAACGUUCAGCCUGUGGGGGCCCGGACACGGACAGUGACCCGGGCAGAGGGGACCAACCCGCGGAGGGCGAUAGCAAUAGCUGCGAGAGUGACGGCGACUCUACCAAUGAGAGCACUUGUCUGGAGGCCAUGACUCCUGACGGUCAGGAAUACUACCUGAGGCUGGGGGACACGCCUCGCCGGCGCUCUGCCCUGCGCCUCUCACGCAUCAUCGCCCGCCAGCAGCUGCUGAGGAGGCUGGCACAAGAGAUUGAGGCCAAGGAGGCUUGUGACUGGCUUCGAGCGGCGGGAUUUCCACAGUACGCUCAGCUGUAUGAAGAUUCCCAGUUUCCAAUCGAUAUCUCCUCAGUGAAAAGGGACCAUGACUUUCUGGAACGGGAUCUGGUGGAGCCUCUGUGUCGGCGUUUGAACACUCUGAACAAGUGUGCCUCCAUGAAACUGGAUGUCAGCCACCCCAAGAAGAAGAGUGAUGAUUCUGAUGAAGAUGACCCUUUGGCGAUCAGUAAAAGGUGGACAUUUGAAUGGAGCAGUCGGCGGUGGUCUCGCCUGCAAGACUUCCUGUUGGAUAGCACCAAUGACAGCAGCCCGACUGGCCCAGGGGAGGGUCUCCGCAGCACGGUGAGCAGUGAGAGUGUGCUGACGGACCUGAGUGAACAGGAGAUCACAGAGAUCUCGUCGCUCCACAGUGAAGACUCCGCCUCAGCGAUGCCUGACUCCAUAUCUAUGGCAUCCCUCUCUGCCUCUUACCAACCACCCCGGGACCUUCCACACUACAACUCCUUACCAAUCAAGAGCAGUCGCCAUGGACAAGGAGGGAGGAGCAAAGCCAAAGAGUUUCUGCGUCGAAUGGAAUUAAUGCGCACCUGGGGACCAUCGACAAGGCGGAAAAGCUCGAAUCGCAGGCCGCCACUGGUCAUCAGCGGGCCAGUGCUACAGGGGGAGGAACCGCAGGCCCUUCAGAUGCUGCAGUGCACUCCCAUCAGCCAACUGGAUCCACACCCGAAGCAUAAUCAGCAAAACGACGGGGAUAUUUCCCCAGUCCCAGUCAAGAGCUGUAAAGAACAGAACUCACUGAGCGGGAGCCCCACAAAAGAGCCCGUUUUGCCCCGCCUCCCGGAUCCCGCAUGCACCAAACCCCGCACUGCCAGCAAGAGAAGCAGCAUGUACUUGGAGGACAUGGAGCUGCCUUCUCAGGGUAAGAGGACUGAAGGUCAGAGCCAACUUGGCAGGAGCCAGUUUCACUCGUAUGAAAAUCUCCUCAUUCACAUCCCCAAAGACCAUAAACCAGGCACUUUCCCCAAAGCCCUGUCCAUUGAAAGCCUUGCGCCUUCCCCGAGUGACAAGGCCAACGGCCCUCAGCCACGUGCCCAAACCUGUUCUCCUGAAAAUGGCCCGGGUGAACCCUGGGGUGGUAAACCUUUAUCCAAACCCCCCUGUCCCGGAGCGCCACGGGGCAGCAGAGUGAGUGUUUACGACAACGUGCCGGGCUCUCAUCUGUACGCCAGCACGGGAGACCUGCUGGACUUCGAGAAGGAGGACAACCUGUUUCCUCACCUGGACGACAUCAUCCAGCACGUCAGUGGCUUGCAGCAGAUAGUGGAACACUGGAGCCGCAGUGUGCUCCCCGAGGGGGAUGCGAGGGAGGGGGAGGGCAGGACCACUCCCAGUGAAGGUGAGAGGGACGGGGUCUCCUUAAAUGACACCGAUUCAACCGGGACCAGUCGGGAAAGGCGGGACUCCGGAGUUGGGGCCUCCCUCACAAGACCACGUCUACGAUGGCCCAGUUUCAGAACCUCUGAUCAUCUCAACCAGCCAGCAUCUUCACUUCAGAUCAGCAGCCAGUCAGCCGGCCAGCUCAGCCUGCUGCAGAAGUUCUCUCUGCUCCGCCUCACUGCCAUCAUGGAGAAAUAUUCAAUGUCCAAUAAACAUGGCUGGACAUGGUCUGUACCUAAGUUUAUGAAGCGCAUGAAGGUGCCAGACUACAAAGAGAAGAGUGUGUUUGGGGUCCCCCUUAUCGUCCAUGUCCAGCGCUGUGGGUUUCCGCUCCCUCUGUGCAUACAGCAGGCUCUCAGUCACCUCAGAACACACUGUCUGGACCAGGUGGGAUUGUUCCGCAAAUCGGGUGUGAAGUCACGGAUUCAGGCUUUGAGGCAGCAGUGUGAGCUGUCCCCCGACUGUGUGAGCUACGAGGACCAAUCGGCUUACGAUGUGGCUGACAUGGUCAAACAGUUCUUCAGGGACUUGCCUGAGCCUCUGCUGACCAGCAAGCUGGGCGAAACCUUCCUGCACAUUUACCAAUAUGUUCCAAAGGAACAGAGGCUACAGGCUGUCAGAGCGGCCAUUUUGCUGAUGCCAGAUGAAAACAGGGAGGCCCUGCAGAUGCUGCUUUACUUCCUGCGUGAUGUUACCUCCUUAGUGGAGGAGAACCAGAUGACCCCGAUGAAUCUUGCUGUUUGUCUCGGCCCAUCACUCUUUCACCUCAGCAUACUGAAGAAUGAGACCCUGUCACCAAGGUCAAUCCAGAGGAAGUACACUACAGGCCGUCCUGAUCAGAAAGACCUGAGUGAGAACCUGGCUGCCACCCAGGGCCUGACACACAUGAUCACAGAGUGCCAGCGUCUCUUUCAGAUCCCAGAGGAAAUGAUUACCCAGUCGCGUAACUCCUAUAUGGAGGCAGAGCUGAUGGUGCCCCCGUUGGAUGAGCUUUGCAAGUCUACUGAGGAGGAGGUGGAUGAGGAGGUGGAAGAAGAGGAUGAGGAAGGGUCUUAUCACUCACACUUAGAAUGUCUGAUCCAGAAUCUGCUGAAGGAGGCCAAAGAUAAAAGCAAAGGCUGGGUGUCCCGCGCGUCUUCUGACCACACCGAACUGGCUUUUAAAAAGGUUGGUGAUGGAAACCCUUUAAGACGGUGGCGAGUGUGCGUUGAGGUGUCGGCAACUCCCACUGAGGUUCUGCAACGGCUGCUGAAGGAACGCUCAGUGUGGCAGACUCAGCUACAGCACGAGAAGAUACUGGAGACGCUGGACAAACAGACCGAUGUGUAUCAUUACUCAUGCUGCAACAUGGCUCCACAACCCACCUGUGACUACGUGGUACUAAGAUCGUGGCGCACAGACCUGUGUAAGGGCUCCAGUGCUCUGGCGUGUGUGUCUGUGGAACAUGAGGAUAGCCCGUGCACUGGAGCUGUGAGGGGCGUUGUUUUGGAGUCCCAGUACCUCCUAGAGCCUUGUGGGACGGGGAGAUCUAGACUCACGCACAUCUCAAGAGUGGACCUCAGGGGAAGAUCUCCAGAAUGGUACAACAAGGCAUUUGGUCACCUGUGUGUUAACGAAGCUUUGAGGAUCCGUUCAUCUUUUCUCCCUUUAGAUCAGAUGAGCCCAGAGGCAAAGACUUAAGCUGCAAAUGUCAAAAACUUUGUCUUGGACCUGAGAAGCAGUGACACACAAGGUUAAUCAUUCAGGCUGUGGAUCACAGUGCUGAGCCAUACUGUACUGCGUUAACACACACACAGGAGUAAUGUGGUGUCAUUUUAUUAUUGUCUGUAAAGAGCAUUACACUUAUUUAUAUGUUAAAUUAUAAAUUACCAAUCCAUUUUUGAGGGAGGGUUUGAAGAUCUGGUUCUUUUUUAUAGGUAAAACAAAUACUUUUGGUUAGCUAUUCAUGUCAUGUGCAUUAUGUGAUUGAAAAAAAAGUUAUGUAGACAGAAACUCAUAUAUCAUUUACUGCGUUUGCUUAUUUUUCUUAUCUUGAGUAUUUAACUACAACAUGACAACACAAUGACAUUUAGAAGACAGCGUUUCAGCUUGCUGAUUAAAUAUCUCAAACCUAUUCAUCACGGUAACUGAUGCAAUAGUAUUCAGUCAACAAAUUAACAAUAUGAUUAUUUAAGAGUUUGAGAUUUCUCCCUCUCUGCAAAAUUCUACAUGGCCUGUCAGUGAGAAAAACACUUAAGAUGAUAUAAAGCAUUUUCUUCCCCUUUCAGCUUAAGAUAAUUCCUGAAUAUAAUUAAACAACAGCCAAAAUCUGAUUUAAUACAAGAAAUGUUUGAUUAAGUUCCCAGACAAGUUUGACUAUUCCUGGUGAUCUUAUUAUAUUCACAACUGCAAUCUGAUUACCGAUCGGCCGUUUGCUCCACCUGCACUUUUCCACAUUUUCAGGAAAUUAAAAGAAAAAAAAUCUGUACGAAGUGGACACAUGUCAGCACUGUGUUGUGAAAAGCACACUUGCAUCAGGAAAAAUGACUACACGAGGAAUAAAGAUAAAGAAAACGCACUCACUGGGUCCAUACAUGUGCUUUGUGUUGGAUAUCACUGCUGAUAUGGUUUUCUGUCACUAUUUCCAGUGUCAACCUAAUAUCUAAUACAAAUGAAUAUGGUGCCAUUUGAACAUUAUGACAGUCAUUUUAUCUCCGUAUUUGUUUGUUGUUAUUUUCGCUGUCCUGUUAUACAAUGUCUGAGACAUGUGACCAUUUCACUGCUUCUGGGAAGCAUGUUUGAAAUUUAGUGUGUGUUUGUGCAUGGUUGUGCCCGUGUAUCUGCAUUUCAAACUAGUGUACAGCCUGUACUGUAUAUAUCUGCAGCGCUCCCUGUGCCAUCACAGUUCUUCAGGGUCUUCCUAUCAUAUUGAUAUGCUGAAAUGUGAACUUUCCAAGCACCAUCCAAAUGAAGCAAUAGCAGAUUAAUGCUUGCUCUGCCUCGGCACAGCCUUGGCUGUUAUUUUGUUUCGGCUGUAGGCAGUGUUGUCAUGGUGUUGCUAUGAUAUAAUAUCUCCACAGUGCCACCGUAGUCCUGUUGCGAAAGACUUUCUUGCUGCAGAACAGUGCGGCGAACGUGUCCGUGUGAGUACGAUAUGUGUGUUUUGAGCAGGACAGGGACAGCCAAAGAGUUAGAGAUUCUGACGUAAGUCCUCCAUUGUGUGUGGAGAGGCUCCAAACCAAAAUUGAGAGCAGGAUCAUAUAUGCUUGUUACUUCAGACAAAAUGAAGAGCGAAACCAUGGUUCUAAAAGAGAAAAAUAAAAAAAAUUAUAAAA